AUGUGGAGAUGUCUCAGGGCUGCUGUUUGCUGGACUAUUUUUGAAGAAAGAAACCGGAGAAUUUGCUCAGAUAGGGAAAGAAGACUGCCAGAAAUUCUGGAGCUGAUUCAGAUCAGAGUGUUUCAUUGGCUGAAGUCUUUGGCUCUUUUUAAAGACCUUUCAGAGGAUGAUCUGCUCAGAAAUUGGAAGGAAAUUGCAAGUUCAACUCCUGUCAAAGACACAUCCUUACCCUCUUGGGCUCCUCCUCCUAGUGGUUUUGUUAAACUUAAUUUUGAUGGAAGUAGCAUGGGUAAUCCGGGUCCAUCAGGUAUUGGGGGUGUCUUAAGAAAUGAGGAGGGAAUGAUAAUUUCUCUCUUUUCGGGGCCAAUUGGAUUGGGUGAUUCUCUUAAAGCUGAGAUUUCAGCUGUUAUCGAAGGAACUCAAAGGGCAAUUGAACUGAAUAUCACCAAUUUGGUCAUAGAAGGCAAUUCUAAACUGGUAGUGGAUUGGCUGAGAAUUGAUACUGCUAACUUUUGGAGCUACAACAAUGAGAGGAGGAAAUUUAAUUGGUUAACCAAGAACAUUGAGGUGAGAUAA